CUCCGGUCCGUGAAUGCAGCACCAGACCCGCGCCGCUCCGUCGGAUUUCAGCCGGUAGUGUCUCGGUCUCAGCCGGUGACCGUCGUCCCUGAAACCCCUCGGGGCUCCGCGGAUUGUCCACAUCCUCUUCCCUUCCUUUUUUUUUAUUAUUUUCAUUGCGUUGUGUGAUGGAGCGGGAAGUGACUUGGCUGCUGCGUAAAUGACUGCGGAGCAACAGGCAACUGGCUGGGAAAACUCACUGACGGCUGCUCGGCUUUGGAGGAACUGUUGCACGCAACCCCGCUGCGAUGUCCCUGCUGUGCGUCAGAGUAAAGAAAGCCAAACUUCAUGGGCCACCAGACAAAUUCAAUGCCUACGUCACCUUAAAGGUCCAGAAUGUGAAGAGUACAACCAUCACAGUCCGUGGAAACCAGCCAUGCUGGGAGCAGGACUUCAUGUUCGAGAUCAGCAAUCUGGAGUCAGAUCUGGUGGUGGAGCUGUGGAACAAAGGCCUGAUCUGGGACACCAUGAUCGGCACGGCUCUGAUACCGCUGGACACCAUUCAUCAGUCUGAUGAGGAGGGACCAGGAGAGUGGACUGCUCUGGACUCUGAGGUGUUAAUGAAGGAGGACCAGAUCUGUGGAACCACCAACCCAACUGCACACCAGGUGCUGCUGGACACCCGCUUUGAGCUUCCCUUCGAUAUCCCAGAAGACGAGGCGCAGUACUGGACCAGUAAGCUGGAGCGGAUCAACACCAUGCAGAUACACGAUGAGUAUCCUUUACCAGGAGAGGUCCCGGGAAGAAGAAAGCCAUCUAUGCCCCCACAAUGCUGCAGCUGGAGUUAUUUUGGAUGGACUGACCAGCAAACGUAUGACGACCACGACAGCGCCGUGGACGACCGAGACAGCGACUACCGCAGUGAGACGGGGAACCGACCGCCGCCCUUCCACAACGCCUCCCAAACAAAUUCGUCUGUCCACCAGUACCCCAUAGGCCGCAGGCCCCAACGUCAGAGUCCAUGUAGGGAGUCUGACUCUGUACAAAGUUAUGAUCUAGACUAUAGAGAAAUGAGGGCAAACAGACGAUCAAACAGUAAGAGAGGAGUUAGAAUAAUUCCUGUAGACUCUGGGAUGGGUGUAGAGGAUUGGGAGAGCAAAUAUAAAGUGCCCGACUCAGGUGUGUUAGAUGACUAUUUAGAUACUGAGCAGAAACUUUGGGAGGAUGAAGAUAAAAAUAUCAUCUACCGAAUCAGUGACAGCUGUGAGUCCAAAGGCAGCAGAUUUUAUCAGACGGUGGAGUGUGAUGAACUGUCCCCGGAGGAGACACAGGAGCAAGAUGGCAGGGCCAGGCAGAGGCGUGGCUUUGGCAGCGGAGAGGUACGAUUAGUUUACAAGGUCGCCGGCAGCUUUGAGGAUGAAUCGUCUCCUCCUGAAAUUGACAUUAUUCCAUCGGUCAAGCAGCUGCGGCAGCCAACAGACAGAGAAAGUCUGCUUUACAAGACCAGGCUGUGGGCAAAAACCGCCUUGGAAGACACUUUAGAGAACUAUGCUGCUUUUCGUGAGCAGGAGGCGGCUCGGGAGGAGGAAGCCGCUCAUAUCAGAAGACGUAUCAAAUAUAACUCGCUUGGUUCUGAUGAGAUGCAGUACUCAUUCGGAUCUGAGGAGGAACUAGAGGAUUUAGCUUUCACAGAGGGAGACGGCAAUUUUGAAUAUGAAAGCUACAGCUAUCCCUCCAACGAGAUCAGCAAUCUGGAGUCAGAUCUGGUGGUGGAGCUGUGGAACAAAGGCCUGAUCUGGGACACCAUGAUCGGCACGGCUCUGAUACCGCUGGACACCAUUCAUCAGUCUGAUGAGGAGGGACCAGGAGAGUGGACUGCUCUGGACUCUGAGGUGUUAAUGAAGGAGGACCAGAUCUGUGGAACCACCAACCCAACUGCACACCAGGUGCUGCUGGACACCCGCUUUGAGCUUCCCUUCGAUAUCCCAGAAGACGAGGCGCAGUACUGGACCAGUAAGCUGGAGCGGAUCAACACCAUGCAGAUACACGAUGAGUAUCCUUUACCAGGAGAGGUCCCGGGAAGAAGAAAGCCAUCUAUGCCCCCACAGUGCUGCAGCUGGAGUUAUUUUGGAUGGACUGACCAGCAAACGUACGAUGACCACGACAGCGCCGUGGACGACCGAGACAGCGACUACCGCAGUGAGACGGGGAACCGACCGCCGCCCUUCCACAACGCCUCCCAAACAAAUUCGUCUGUCCACCAGUACCCCAUAGGCCGCAGGCCCCAACGUCAGAGUCCAUGUAGGGAGUCUGACUCUGUACAAAGUUAUGAUCUAGACUAUAGAGAAAUGAGGGCAAACAGACGAUCAAACAGUAAGAGAGGAGUUAGAAUAAUUCCUGUAGACUCUGGGAUGGGUGUAGAGGAUUGGGAGAGCAAAUAUAAAGUGCCCGACUCAGGUGUGUUAGACGACUAUUUAGAUACUGAGCAGAAACUUUGGGAGGAUGAAGAUAAAAAUAUCAUCUACCGAAUCAGUGACAGCUGUGAGUCCAAAGGCAGCAGAUUUUAUCAGACGGUGGAGUGUGAUGAACUGUCCCCGGAGGAGACACAGGAGCAAGAUGGCAGGGCCAGGCAGAGGCGUGGCUUUGGCAGCGGAGAGGUACGAUUAGUUUACAAGGCCGCCGGCAGCUUUGAGGAUGAAUCGUCUCCUCCUGAAAUUGACAUUAUUCCAUCGGUCAAGCAGCUGCGACAGCCGACAGACAGAGAAAGUCUGCUUUACAAGACCAGGCUGUGGGCAAAAACCGCCUUGGAAGACACUUUAGAGAGCUAUGCUGCUUUUCGUGAGCAGGAGGCGGCUCGGGAGGAGGAAGCCGCUCAUAUCAGAAGACGUAUCGAAUAUAACUCGCUUGGUUCUGAUGAGAUGCAGUACUCAUUCGGAUCUGAGGAGGAACUAGAGGAUUUAGCUUUCACAGAGGGAGAUGGCAAUUUUGAGUAUGAAAGCUACAGCUAUCCCUUCAAGUAUGUGCAACCUUUCAGAGGACAGGAUUUUACAAGCAAAGGCAGAACAGCUAAUACUGAUCAACAAGAUCCGAUGUCGUCUCCCGUGGAGGAACCGGGUGAUGAAUACAUAGAUCCAAUGGGUGAACUGCGGAGCCUAGUUCACUCAGUGUCUGAAUACCUGGCUGUAAAAGAGGAGGAGAUCAAUAACUAUGAAUCAAUGACCAAGCCACCCAGAAGAAAGCUACCUGCCCUGCCUACUGAGGCUAAGAGUUUAAAACCCGAAGACAGUGACGGCGAUAUGGUCAAACCCGAUAUUAAAGAGGAAAGUUCUGUUGAACAGGGCAUAACUGGAGUGAAAAAUGCAAUGAGCUCGUUGUUUGGCACAAUCACAGGAUCAAAGUCUCCGACUGAGGUGGAAGCCUCCGUUAUAUCUCCAUCUCCCCAGGCACCACAGACUGACUCUGGUAUUUCUAAAUUGUUCUCAUUCAUCCCUAAAGCUAGUACCGAAGCCUCUGAAACUUCUGGUGCAACUGCAACAGAACCGACUACCUCCCAAACGACACCCCAACCCGAAUCAGGAAUUUCGAAGCUACUUGCAUUUAUUCCUAAAAGUGGUGGCCCCUCUCCCCCGGUGGCCAUAGUCCCGCCUGCCUCUCAGGAGCCCACAACAGAGAAGAAGUUCUCUCUACAGUCCCUUUUGCCCUUUCAGUCCCCCGAACCCACGAGACAAGCCGAUGCCAACCAGACAUCGACCCAUGCUACCACAGAGGCAAAAGGUGGUGCGUCAGCUGCUAACCAGUCUGCAUCCGGGUUUGAAUCUAUGUUAGGAAGGUUAAGUCCUUUGAGGCUGUUUUCCAGUGCGCCUUCAACCAGAGAGCCGUCACCUCAACCACCGGAGCAAAUAAGUCAGUCUGGUGCAGGUAAAGAAUCCCAAACAGGGCAAGUCAACAGAGUCCCCGGUCCUAACAGAGAAGGCUCACAAACAGAGCAGCAGUCAUCAGGAGAGAUAAGACCAGGUUCAGCAAGUGGAUCAGUUGAACUUUUGCCAGAUACAGGAAGUGGAUCAAUCGAGCUUUCCCAAGAAACAAUAAGUGGGUCAGUGGAGCUUCCUUCCGGAGACUGA